AUUCCGCAUCAUCUACGAGACACACAUGGACACACGAGGACAAUUGCAGUAAGUAUUGCCUGAUUUUGUAUCUCUGAUGUUUGUUCAAUAAAAUGAAUAAAUACAAAAAUGCACUUGCCUAUAAGCAAGAAAGAAAAUGUUUUCUGUUUGCUAUACUUUUUGAAACCAACGGUGUGUAGCGGGUUUAAAAUGACACCAAAGUCCCCCCAACUAUGGCGACCCACCCAAGGUGGAUUUAAAAAUAUCAGGUGGUGGACUCUAGUGCAUUUUGACAAUUCGUCACUUGACGUAAGGUCCCCAGGAUUCUAGCUUUGUUUACAUUAAUUAAAUUUGUGCAUAUAAUUUAUCUACCCCAUUUUUUCGAAUAAAUAUUCUUUAAAAAUAUAUUUUGGACUUUGUGAGUUCUUAUUUAACAUUGAAACAUACAUUAAAGUGUGUUAUUUUGUGUUAUUCUGUGAAUUUAUUCUAGAAUUCUUUGUGUGUUCGACAUUUUUGAUGAUAAAAAUUAAGAAAUCAUUAUUUUUUUUUUUCGAUUUUUACAUUAAUUGCUCAUUAUCUACGAGCCGCAUGGCCGCAAUUUACUUGAGAUUAGAACUCAUGCUAGCAUGAUUUGAAAUUUCGUGCAUAAACAAAUGAUCAAAUCUUUUGUUAAUAUAUUACGUUUUUUUCGAUAAAAUCAAUAGACACGCACUAAAAUGCACAUCAUAACAAAUCGAAAUCUGUUAUAUUUGCUAAGCUUUGUGUGCGGAAACCAAUGGUCAACGGUUCUAAAAUGACGUAAAGUCCCUCAACUAUGGCGACCUCCCCAAAGGCCCUAAUCCACCACCACCUGAUAUGUUGAAUCCACCUUGGCAACGCACCCCAUCCCGUGCUAGAACGGGACAAGUUCAACAACAACUGUCAUCGUUUUUUCCCGAUUCACUUUACACUUUCCGUGGUCAGAUGCGCUUUCCGUGGUCAGAUGCGCUUUCCGUGCUCAGAUGCGCUUUCCGUGCGCGGCCGUGUAGCGGUGGAGUAAUUGCGCGAUGGGUGUUGUGGAUCGUACGUACUGCUGCUGCCGCUGGAAUUGUCGUAAGGAUGGCUGCUACCGGUGGCAUUCGGCCGUCCUAGCAGCUGCUCAUAGACACCGCUGUGCUGCUGCAGGAUGCCCUGGUCCUGCCCAUCCCAACAUCGCCCUCACCGCAAUCGAUCACCCAGAUUGCGGCUCCAGCGGUGGAAGUAGUAGGAGCACAUUCUCCAAGCCGAUUGGGAUUUUCCAAGCCUGGUUCUCGGUGUACCAUCCUUCUGAUGUUCCGCUGGCCGAUCCUGUAAGUAAUCAUUCGAACUUGUCAGUGUGGGAUAAUGAAUAUUUUGUUGUGGCAAACUUAGCUGUUGAAACCGUCGCCGUGAACGACCGCUCUCCCCCGCGUGCGGCAAUCUCCAGGCUCCAGGUCAAACGUGAAGCUGAAACGUCUCCUUGCGUUUCACGUUGGCCGUCCACUGCAACUCAAGUGGGGGCCCGGCUGGCCCUACAAUCUGAUACUCGCUGCUAGGGUAACUUCAGCGUCAA